AUGUGCCAGGUUUGGUGCACACCCCGCACGGCGGCAGCGCCGGGGCACCGAGCGUUCCCCAGAGCCCCGCUACCUCACUCCGCUUCGGCGGCCGCGACCAUGUUCCAGCCCGCGACUAAGCGGGGUUUCACCAUAGAGUCCUUGGUAGCUAAGGAUGGUGGCACCGGCGGGAGUCCUGGCAGCGGGGGCGCGGGCUCCCAUCCGCUGGCUGUGGCCGCCUCAGAGGAACCGCUCAGGCCCACGGCGCUCAACUACCCUCACCCCAGUGCGGCCGAGACGGCCUUCGUGAGUGGCUUCCCUGCCGCUGCAGCUGCGGGCGCCGGCCGCUCGCUCUAUGGAGGGCCGGAGCUGGUGUUCCCAGAGGCCAUGAACCACCCGGCUCUGACGGUGCACCCGGCACACCAGCUGGGCUCCUCCUCGCUGCAACCCCCUCACUCUUUCUUCAGCGCCCAGCAUCGGGACCCUCUCCACUUCUACCCCUGGGUGCUUCGGAAUCGCUUCUUUGGCCACCGCUUCCAGGCAAGCGACGUUCCCCAGGACGGGCUGCUUUUGCACGGGCCCUUCGCACGCAAGCCCAAGCGGAUUCGCACAGCCUUUUCGCCCUCGCAGCUGCUGCGGCUGGAGCGAGCCUUUGAGAAGAAUCACUACGUGGUGGGCGCCGAGCGGAAGCAGCUGGCAGGCAGCCUCAGCCUCUCCGAGACUCAGGUGAAGGUGUGGUUCCAGAAUCGGAGGACAAAAUACAAACGGCAGAAGCUGGAGGAGGAAGGGCCGGAGUCUGAGCAGAAGAAGAAGGGUUCCCACCAUAUCAACCGGUGGCGUAUUGCCACGAAGCAGGCCAACGGGGAGGACAUUGAUGUCACCUCUAAUGACUAGGGGAACAAUCAAGAGCCCACAAGGGCAGAGCAUUGCUUGCUGCUGGCCAAGGCUCCAGGGGGCCCAUGCUGGACUCUGGCCACUCCUUAGCCAGGCUGCAGGGAGGCCUCUAGUCACGGCCCCACAGGGCUUGGAGCCUGUGGCCAUCACUGUCAGAGGGACAAGAAAAUGGGCUGGCUGAGGCCUGGGACUGCUCAGCCUUCUGGUGGAGAGCCUGCUGCUCGGGUGGAGCGCCCGUCACUGCAGCCUCCAGUUGCUCUCCAUGUCUCUUUCUUUGUUCUGAGACAUUUCUGUUUUAAUUUAUUUUCCAGGUCCUACUGUAGUUCUUAGUGAUCCUCUCAUGCUCCCCUUCCCUAUGGGAAUAAUAAAAAAAUCUCUCUCUU